AUGGCAUCUCCAACGAUGUCCGCUCCAGCAGCGCCGUCGACGUACAAAGUCGACUCUUUUAAUCCUGCCGUGAUGGACCAUCUGAGGCACAUCUACGAGUCGCUGCAGUCACAGGGACAGACGCCUACGGGACCGGACGGUGCAACCCUCUCUGCCUCUGCUCAUUUCUUGCAGAAUAUCCAAAAGGACCAGCAUUUCAAAGCUGACCAGCCUCGCGGUGGCCAGCAGCAUGGCGUUCUCGACAGCUUCUCAAGCUUCCUGGAUUACAUGUCAACUGCCUCAGCAAUGCCGCAGUUUUCAGACACACAGGCCUACGAAGAGGACCUGUCGUUUCCCAUGCCCAAUUAUUUCAUUAAUUCAAGCCAUAACACCUACUUGACUGGCAAUCAGCUAUACAGUGAGUCAAGUACAGAAGUAUAUAAGAAUGUAUGUGGCUGGAUCUGCUUUAAUGAUUUCUUUUCGCCCCUCCCCUCCCCUUCCUUCUACUGUUCCUCUCCUAACCACCAACUCCUUUAUUUUAUUUUAUUUUUCUUCUUGGGCAUUUAUAACGCCUCAACAUGGUCCAUGCUGUCGAUCCGCCUCCCCAUUUGA